AUGAUUUUGUUUGCUUGUUUUUCAGCAUCUAUGGGAGGUCAUGUUGGUGUAGUACAUUUGAUACAAUCACAAGAUGACAUUGAUUGGCUGAUAAAAUAUGGAGACCAUUCACCAUAUAUACCUUUAUUUACAUCUACAAUGUUUAAUGAUACAACCCUCAAAGUUCUGGUAGACAAAGAGUUGAUUAAUGGUGCUAUGGUUAUUUUUGCUGGCCAGCAUGGACAUGCACCUAUAGAUGGUUUUUCUCCAGAUGUUGAUUGUCCUAAUGAUAGAUAUGGAAUGUAUUCUGAUUCUAGUUACGGCUCUUGUAAAAAAGUCAAGUGGAACAAAAAGGGAAACGGCAUGUCCUUCAUUUCUUAUGGUAUACCAGUCUUUGCUUUGUAUGAUAAAGAUGAAGUCAAUGAGCUGAUAAAGUGCUUUAAUGAUAAUAAUAAUCCAGUCAAUGGUAGCAAGCCAGACUUCCCCCUGUGUGGAGUAGAGCUCAAGGAUUUCAUGUUCGCAGCGAAAGACACUCCUACGUGCAUGAGGAAGUCUCAGAUGCCAAGCCCUACACAAAACCAAUUCUGUGAUCCUCUUGGUGAUUAUAAUGUCUGGGGUACUCUCUACCCCAUGAUGGAGAAACCCAACAAGAGUGACAUAGUAGUAGCAGCAGCAAAGCUUGACUCUAGCUCUUUCUUCCACGACAUGGUCCACGGUGCGGAGAAUGAUGCUUCUGGUGUCAUUGCUCUUCUAGCUGCUGCUAGUGCGCUCGGUGAAAUGAAGAGAAAGAAGUCACUUCCUCCUCCUGCGAAGCCCAUCAUGUUUACUUUAUUCCAAGGGGAAAGCUGGGAUUACAUUGGUUCAUCAAGAAUGGUCUACGAUAUGGAGAACAAAGCAUUUCCUCCAAACACUUGGAAAGUCAAUGUCACUGGCAAAAUGGAAGACCUGAAUAUAAGUACCUCAGAUAUUGGGUAUAUUCUUGAGCUUAAUCAAGUUGGUCUGGGGACAAACUCAUUAUUAUGGGCACAUUCAGAUCCCAUCACAAGAGCAGACAAAGGAGUAGACUCUGAGAUUGACAAAAUGUUCCAAAUACUCCAAAAGGCCAGCAAGAAAGCAAAUAUGUCCGUGGAGAAACCACCCAAAGACCAGCCCCUCCCGCCAGCAUCUUUACAACAGUUCCUCAAGUCCAACAAAGAAAUACCAGGAAUAGUACUAACAGACCACAAGGCUGAAUUUCUCAACAAGUAUUAUAACAGUCGUUUUGACGAUGCUUUAUAUGUCCAGGGGAACUUUUCUAGGAUUGAAAACUCUAGCAAAAUCUUCUUGCACAAUAAAUUCACAGAGAGAUUAACAGACGUAGCUACAACUGUAGCCAAUGCUCUUUAUACACUGGCAAAUGACGGGAAGGCACCAAAGAAGCCACUCAAGGCUGACGAAGACAUUGUUGGUCAUCUUGUGUACUGCUCUUUCUACAGAACAGAUUGUAGUUUGUUCAAAAGUGUGUUCACCAGCAGUAUCGGGGCAAAGUUGCCGGCAUCACCAUUAUCACGAUACGUCAGCGUCAACACAGCCAACAAUACCCUCACGUUUAUCACCCACAACCUUCUCCUGUACUUCACUGGGGAACACUUGUUGACAAAAUCUUGUUCAUCAGACAAGCCACACGUCACACAAAGGAUGCGUGGGACAGGAAACUACUCUGAUGAUAUCUGUGUUAAUGGAACGGUCUAUUAUUCAGUGGCUGAGUCUCCAGCAUUUUUAAAGAAAGAAUACGACUCCACCGAGUAUUCUACGUGGGCAGAAAGCACGUGGCCUGCCGAUCUGUCAGUUCGCAUGUUUCUAAUCUCAAGCCCUCAAAGACAGGCUGUAACAUUAGCAUCCGGAAUCAUCAUCACCUUGUUCUCCUUUGCUUUGGUUAUCUUCAUUCACCGAAAAGCUGAGCUGCUAUUUACACCAAUAGACAUUCCAUCCAACCCAGACGCAGACAGCUAAUUAUCAAUGAAUUUACCUUAUCAACACAAUGACAGCUCACAGUUAUUGUAAUGUACUGGACGUAUAGUCAGAAUUCAAGUUCACAUUUAAAAUUUUUUUUUGAGAUAAGAAUUUGUGUGUCUGGGGUGCUUACCAUUUACCCACAAAAACAGGAAAUUCCGGUUUGAAAACAAAUAGUAUGUGUUGUUCCAAUGAAAAAUUGGUCUUGUGAACUUGAGGUAAUCCACUUUUUUCGCUAGCCUAAUCAGUUCUUUUGUAGAGGUGUGUUGUACCAUUUUUCGAAAAUCAAAGUUUCCCGCUCUUUUCUUACCAUUAGCGAAUGAAUUCCCAACCGGAGGGUUUGGUUUAAGAUGGUAAGCAUUCCUGAUUACGAAAAUGUGGCUGUAUUUUUGUUUCAAUUUUAGUCAUAAAAAAUCACUCGUUUCUUGCUUUUUACUUCAUCUUUCAAUUAUUUAUCUCUUGCAAUCCACUUGCAUCAUUUCUAGAAAAUUGUGAUUGCAAUGCCAUAGUUUUUUUUUUUGUUUUUUUGUUUUUUUGAAAAAAAAUUAACAUCCUUUGAAUUUUGAUUUAUUUACAAAGAAAUUUAUUAAUUUCCUACUUUUACAGUAAGGAAACUUGAACUGUGAACACAGUUCUGUGAACAGUUUUGUCACGUGUUCACAGUUCAAGUUCUCUGUUGCCCACAAUAAGCCUCGAUUUCGUGUAGAGUAUUCACGUGUUCCAAUGAAGAUCCGUGGAGUUUCAGUGUU